AUGGUUCUAUCAUUGACUACGCGCUGGUGGCGGCCAACCUGGUCACGAAGGUUGGCAUGUCCGAGGUGGAUGAGGAGGCGCUCGCGUCGCCUCACAGGCCUGUCGUCUACCCGCCGAAGUUGCUCGAGGUGCCCAUGUGGCGCCGUGUGCCUGACGAACCGUCGCCAAUCGGAGCGGUGCCGCCAACUGGCCGUGCCAGACCGCCUCGGGACUGGGAGCGGGUCCAUGAGCUCAUCCAGAUCGCUAGCAGCCAGGCCGACUUGCAGAUUGCGUGGGACGCCGUACUAAUGGAGACGGAGAAUGAGCUGCUUGAUCGGUGGGAUGUUACGGGUAUGGAGCGUCUACGGCGGAGUGGAAGAGGAGGGGCUGUUCGCACGAAGUGGGUGGCCCGCCAGUGGGGGCCGCCUGCGGUCAGGCUGCAGCAUGGCGACACGGCGCGCGCGUGGGGCGCUGCGGCCAGGUGGGCGCAGCACCUCAUCGCGGCGCGCGGGCAGAUGCAGACAAAUAUCCAGAGGUUGCAGGCGGCAAAUGCACUCUGCGCGCUGAGCCCCGCCCAGUUUGAGGACAUAGUUUCGUUUUUCAUCGAGCUGCAGGUCUUCAACUCGGGGGACUUUGAGCCGCAGGCGCUGGCGAUUCAGGAUGCUGCCAAGAUCCGCCUGCAGCAGGACCAGAGCGUUCGGAAUGCUAAGUGGAAGGGUUGGGCGCACCGAGCGUUCAUUGGCAGUGGCACUGGCCAGGCGCAUCGAGCGACGAAGUGCAGAGCGUUGCAGGAAGUUGUAGGCGCAGCCGUGGUUGGGGAGCCGCACGUGUUGGUGGAGCGCGAGUUGACGGCCUGGAAGGUCUCAGAUGCAGGGCUCACGGCCAUUGCAGACCUAUUCAAUAGGUGCGAGGAGAAUCUCAUAUGGCCAGAUGAACGGAUCAUCAACGAGCUGGUACGGCUACCGAAAGGGGGCGGCAAUCGGCACCGACUCAUUGCGCUGGUGCAGACGUUGGUACGGCUGUGGUCCAAGGCGCGUUCCCCCCUCUCCAAAGCGUGGCUGAAGCAGGCGAGCAUCCCUGACAUCUGGGGCUGUGGCGGCCCUGGUAGAUCUUCAAGCCAUUCGGCUUUUGCUCGCAACCUGGAGGCUGAGGUGGCCAAGCUGCUGGGAGAGACGAGUGUGACGGCAAGUCUAGACGCGUACAAAUGUUUCGAUUGCGUGAACCCUCACGCC